CCGGGUCAGAGGUGAAGGGGGGGGACUCCUCGCCUCGAGACGCUAUGGCGAUGACGCGGGGGCGGCUCGCGAUGCUGGAGAAAGAAGCUGCUGCUGCCCCGGAGCCGCCCGCGGGCGCCGCUGCCGUCUCCGAGGAGGAGGAUGAGGCGCCCGAGGAGGUGACCUUCGAGCGGGCGAGAGCCGCGGCGGAGACCGACCGGAGACUUGCCGGGGAGACCGCGCGGAGGGACAGGGAGCUGCUGAAGGAGAAGCGGCGGCGGCGAGAGGAGUUGUUCAAAGAGCAGAAGAAAAGAAAAUUACUUCCUGAAAAUGUUCUAGAGGAGUUAACUUCAAGACCACAGAUUAACAACAAUAACCUGUCUGACACAACCAAACAAGGUGAAAAUCGAAAUAAGAAUGAAGAACGUAACAGGAGACAGGACAAUAAAGGAAAGAAACGGGUUGUUAGAUUGAAAGGACGCUAUAUGGCUGUGCGCUUAAAAGACCAAGAUCUAACCAGCCAGCACCAAAAAAUGGCCAAAGACUUUAUACAGAGUCAUCUAUAUGGACCAGGCACCAACCGAACAACUGCAAACCAGUUCUUUUCUUUUGCGAACAAGAAGAGUCCAGUUAAAAAAGCUGCAGUUCAGUUUGUGAACAAAUCUUGGGGGCAAGAGAAAAAACAGAAAGCUAAGCACUUUAAAAAACGCUGGAUGUCUAUGAAGAUGAUGUCUUCUGUAUGAAGGAAAAGAAAAGCCCUCCAUGAUGGACACUAAUGAAAUUUGCCAAGGAACAUGCUGGCUUUCUCAAUUUUUUUUUGCUUGUCUGUUAAGUUGCAAUGUUUCACUUUAGUACUGUACAACUAACAUCCUAAAAAUAGAAAUUACUGGUAUAACUGUUUUAAAAUGGGUGUGUGGUCAAGUGGCUGUCUCUUGCAAAGAUAUCGCUGAGUAAACAUUUUAUGCACUAACUAUGGCCAGCACCCACCUUAUUUGUCCAGAGAUGUUUUGGUAGGCUCUGUGGAUUAACUUAAAUAAAAAUAUACCAUUUAGAUUAUCA